UAUUCGCGCCAGUUUUUAAACAACUGAUCAGAUGUGUUAAUAUUGCGGAUAUUUAGGGCAAAAAUGCCUCUUCUGGGCAAGAAAGCCAUCUCCCAGAUUAGACCUGUAACUGAUAUCAAGCCAGAUGAGACGAUUUACACCAUUGCUCACACACAAGAACAGUUCCGAUCACGGGAGGAUUUUGAGAAACGGUUGCAUAUGUACAAUGAGAGAGUUUGGACUUGCCAGUGCACAGGACACACUAAUCUCUCACACGAAGAAGCCCUAAACUCAGAAAAGGCUGUGCACAAAACCCUGAAAGCUCAAUUUUCACCCUGUUAUGAAAAAUCUGUGCUGGAGCUGGUGCAUCAUAGCACUUUAUCUUUAGAAACAUUGGUGGAUCAGUCUUGGUUAAAGUUGCAGCAGUGCUUGUGUUUAAAUGAAAAAGCCUCCUUGAAAAUUAAAACAACUGAAAAAUGCCUCGAAGGGACUGUUGUUAAAAUAGAUAUUAAUGGUGUGCAGGCAAACCCAACAAACAACUGUAGCUCUCCCUCGAGUGACAAGGAGAAUUCCAGUGAAGCAUCCGGGGAUUCGUCUAAGAAAUGGGUCCCACCAAAGCUGUUACCAUACAAGUAUAGCCUAAAGCUGGAUGAUGCUGACAAGGUGAUCCACGACAUACCUGCUGCUGAUCUGACGCGCUGUGACAGACCUCCUUCAAAAGAACUUCUGCGUCUGUUCAUCAGAGCUAAUGCCAUCCGGUCAGGUCCCACCCAGCCAUGGGUUGUCGACGAUAAUUUAGUGAAGAAAUACAAACUACCCAGCAAAUUUGUAGACUUCCUUUUAUCCCCUGCUAAGAUGGCAGAAAAUGUGAAACUGGCCGAGGAAAAGGCAUCUGCAAAGAAGCGGAAAUCAGUAUCAGCUUCUGCUGAUAAACAGAAUAAGAAAGCCAAAGGACUUGGUAAAAAAAGUACCCUUUCUGAUAAAAAACAGAAGAAACUGAAUUCUCCGUCUUUAGUGAAAAGGACUAGUGGUGGAGGAAAGCUUCCUAAAUCUCUGAGCUCUCCUGCUAAAAGGAAGAGUAAUGAGAUUAUUGAGGUGUAUAGUGAAAGCAGUGAUGACGAAGCUUUGAUCAAUUUGAUGCCCUUGUCAGUCCUGAAAGAGGGCUCUCCAAAAAAGGGCAUCAUUGGGGGCACCACUCCAUCCUCCUCAACCACAUCCACACCACGCAAACGUGGUCGGCCAAGGAAAGAGAAAAAUGAAACAACACCUAAAAAGAGACAGUCGGUGUCCAGUAAAAAGGAGGAUGCGUCUCCAAAAAAGCGACGGAAAACUCCAACAAAGAAGGAAGAGGACUCAUCGGCAAACAAGAGGGUAUCUCCCAGGAAGCGCAAGAAGACUGACAAGAAUAUGAAACAGAUGACCUUGUUUGACUUGAAGUCCCAGAAGACGCCAACAAAGAAUACUCCAGAUAAGAAGAAAGUUGCGACACCACCCCGUACCCCCUGGGUAGUCACCAGAAUUUUGAAGGCCAAAAAGGAUGGGAACAAGGUAAACUUCAAUUUGCUGACCACAAAAGCUGCCAAAGACUUGACAGCUGCUCAGAGAUCCCGUCUUCCAGAGGAAAUAAAGGAGAUAGUACUGGCCAAGUACGAUAAGUUGGAGGAGAAACGUAAAAUGAAGAAAAUGACACCUGCUGAAAAGGAAGCUUAUCUCCUGAAAAAGAAAGAAGAAAGAAAGAAGAAGUUAGCGGAUCGCAUCAAGGCCAGAAAUGUCCAGUUGAGAAAGCGUUACGAGGACCAGGAUUUGGAACUGAAGCCCAUCCCUGAUCCAAAGCUGGUCCCCACCCCAGACGGACUGCCCAAUGAGCUGUUUGGAGAGGUUGCCAUGGUGACAGAGUUCAUCUCGUGUUACUCUGGGCUGCUGAUGCCUGAUGAGGAGUACCCCAUACAGUCAGAUGCCCUUGUAAAAGCCUUGGCUUCUGGUCCAGAAGGAUUCGCUUACCUUUCUCGGGUGUUGAAAGUUUUACUACAGACUCUACUACAGGAUGGAAUUGCAGAAUAUUAUGCUGAGCUGGACACACCUCUGAGUGACAUUGCAGUGACCCCGUUUACUGCCUCAGAGCUGGUGCGUCUCUGUCUGAGGAAACAGGACGAUGAGGCAGCAGACAAUGAUGUCGAUAACGAUGUUGACAGUGUAGAGGAGGAAUCUGAAGUGCCUGAAGACAUCAUCCAGGUUCUUGAGACAACUGAGCUGUUCCAGCUGACAGCUGACCAAAAGUUGAAGAUCCUUAAGGGACUUUGUCAGCGUAUAAUGGGCUCCUACUCUGUACAGGACUAUAUGGAAGAAAAACAGAAAGAGGCCAGUGUGCUCUGGAGACAAAAAACAGCCCAGCUCAAAGAGAAGAACAAAACGAAAAAGAGAGGAGACAAGAAGAAAGAGGUGGAAGAGAAACCUGAGGAAAAACCAGAGGAGACUAAGGCCACAGAUACAGAACUUGGCAUUGCACACUUCUAUGGCAAGAAGACAGGUGGUACAGCAGAGUCCACACCUGAACCUGAGUCAAACGACAUUGCUGACUCCAUACUUGCAGCUGAUCCUGCUGAUAUUGACCUGGCAGGCGUUGUCAAAAGGCGGCGUGUGUUAGCUGCCCGCGCUGCUGCUGAGAAAGCUGUUAAAGAGAAGGAAGACAAGAUAAGGCGGGAAAAAGAAGCUGUUGAGUAUAGGAAGCAAAAGGAAAUGGAGUCAUUUGAGAAGUCUUUUAAUGAAGGAAUUGCUCUGGCUAAGCUGGUGCUGCGACAGAGUCCCAUAGGAACUGACCGUAACCACAACAGAUACUGGGUGUUCACAAAUACCACACCUGGUCUUUUUGUGGAGAAAGGCUGGGUAACUGCUGACAUAACAUACAAUUACAAACAAGGAGAGAAAUCUGAUGAUGAGAACAGUAUCAUAUCCUCGGAUGACGAUGAUGAAGAGGACAACACUGGCAAAUCAGGGAGUGAAAAGAUCAUUGAGACCACGUUCCCUCAUUAUGGGCAAAAUCUGUGGUUUAUGUAUGAUACAGUCAAAGACUUUGAAACUCUGAUUGAAAAUCUCCAUCCAAAUGGUGUAAGAGAGAAUGCCUUAAAGAAUGAGCUAAAGAAAAGACAAGCAGAUAUUGUGAGAGCAAUCAACUCUGCCAAAAGAACAAAUAAUGAACUGCGAGAAUCAGAUGGGAACGAGGAAAUGCUGGCUGGAUUUAAGAAGGAGUUGCUGGAUUUGGAAUUGCGACUGAGGAAUGGUCAACUUGGGGGUGUUCCUGACCUGGCAACAUGGGAGGCCAAGCUUAUGGACAGUACCAAAAUUGAGGACCUGGGUGCAUGUCUAAAUGAGACCCAGCUAUUCACAAUGGAUAAGUUUCUCAAGGGGAUAUUUGUAAAGAAAGAGAAGAAAGGUGUGAAGGAUUUGGGUAGAUCUGACCCUUCUGACGGGGAUGUGACUGUGAAGACAGACGAGGAGGAGAAAGAGAAUGUUGACCGUCCUCAGACUGCAGUAGAUAAGUGGCGUGAAGGCUUGGAGCAGUCCCAAACUCUGUCCAGACUCCAUGUUCUUAUGGGUAUUUUUGACUCCUGCAUAAAGUGGGAGAAAUCUGCUGAAAAUGCUAAAUGUAAGAUCUGUCGUAAGAAGGGUGAGGACAACCAGUCAUUGUUGUGUGAUGACUGUAACCAGGCCUUCCAUUUGUACUGCCUGAGACCCGCCCUGCCUUUCAUCCCUGAUGGGGAGUGGUUCUGCCCAGCAUGUAGGCCACAGACCCAGCGACGACGACCAGUGCCAGGCACGUACCGGGAUAUGAAUGGCGAAUCGUCAGAAGGAUCGGAAGAUGAGGAGUUGAGUGGCAGUGAUGAGGAGUACAAGGAAGUCAUCCAGCAUGAUGAGAACUGUCUGGUGUGUGGUGGGGAUGAAGGGCUAGCCUUCUGCUCUGAGUGUCCCUCCGCUUUCCACCUCGACUGUCACGUCCCUCCCCUCAGGCACACUCCAAGGAGUAACUGGGUAUGCAGUCAGUGCAAGACUGGAGUGAAAAUAAAGUCAAAGAGACAUCACAUACCUGUCCCAACAAAGAAGAGGCGGAAAUGUUACGAUGUCUCUUCUGACGAAGCUGAUGAGUUUGAGACAUCAGAUGAGGAUGAUGAUGAAGAUGCAUCAGAUGCAGAAAUCCUACCUACAUCGCGGCGACGUGGGAAGGCAACUGGCACGCCUGCCAUGAGGUCUGUCGGUACAACCACCAGCGAUAUUGAGAAGGUCAUCAUACCUACCAAAUACAAGACGCAGCAAAAACGCCAUGAAUCCAGGCGCUCCGAGCCAACACGACGUGCCGAUAACAAAAAGUCUGAAAGUCGGCGGUCAGAAGGAUCCGCCGCUAAGGCUAAGGCAGAAGAGGAAGAGGAUAUGUACACAGGAUACAUGAGACCCACGUGUAAGCGGGGCCCAUCAGAUUUAUCUCUGUGUGAGCAGAUUUUAGGCUGUUUGUUCCGGCACAAGUCCAGCUGGCCAUUCCAGUCCCCAGUCAAUAAGAAAGAGGUACCUGACUAUUACACCAUUAUUAAGAAACCAAUGGACUUUCAGACCAUCAAGAACAACAUCCUGUGUUUUGUGUACAGUUCACCAGAGCAGUUUGUGGAGGAUGUCUCACUGGUGUUCCGUAAUGCUGCUCAGUACAAUAAGAUUGACUCUGAAGUUUACACCUGCAUGCUGGACAUGGAGGAAUGUUUCACAGAGCUUUUACGCAAAUUUUUACCGGAAUGUCGCUAUGAAAGGGAAACAACGCUGAACGGUUACGACCAUAACGCAGAUGCAUCCAAACGACCACGACGCAUUUGAGAUUUGACAAGGUGCAACAGUUGGAACUUAAGCCAUGACACCAAAUUUAAUUGAUGCACAUGCUAAAUGGAAUUAGACGGAUUUUCAUCAUGCUUCAUCUAUUAGAAAAUUAAUGAUGGAGAUGUCCAUCUGUUGUGUUUAGAAAUCAUUGUACUAAAAAUAAUGGAAAAUAUCCUCCAUUUAGUGCUGAGAAAAUUAAAAGUGAUUCAUGAAAGUGUGGACAUCCUGCUUAUUGUUGGCCAUUUUAUCAUUGAUUAUAGGCCUCCUAUACUACACUUGAUUUUUAAUCAUACCCUUAUGGGGUAAUAAAUUUAUAUGAUAAAUAUCCAAAAUUUCCAAUUAAUCUAAAGCUGAUUUGGUCGUAUUUCUGUAAAUAAUUAUCAAACUGGUUUUAAGUAUCGGCUGUUUUUACAAAUCCUUCAUAGCGUCUGUGUGAAUGAACAAGAGUGUUGAAAGCGAGAAGUAGAAGUUUUAUCUUGAAGCUGUACAUGUUUUAGUUCAUUUCUUAGGCUACAUUGUAUCAUGAUCACUCUUCACAUGAAGCCUCUGUUUUUAGCUGAAAAGAGUUGUCUUUCGUUGCUGCUUGUACUGCGAGCUGUAUUUACACAUUUUUAUGUAUGGUAGUGAUAUAUACAGAAGUUAAGCCUGCAGCAUUAGGUGUAUAAGUGGUUGUCAUGGUGAAGUGUAGUCAGUUUUUGUUCAAAGCUUUUUGUAUUGUUGCAAUAGAUAAUUUAUUUUGUCGCAGGUUUUUGUAUUAUCUGAGAUGUUUGAAGGAACUGACUAAAAGUCGGGCACAUCAAGAAAUAUGCGUGUGGCUAAAACAGCAGUAGUGAUCGUAGGGUAUCUGGUAUAGUUGUUCAGUCGUCAUUGAUUUGAGUAAAGCUUCUGGUAAAGCGUAAUAUAGGGUAUGUCUUGCUCAAUGAAGGAGUUCAGUUAGGUUUUGUAGUUUUCACACUGCCCUGCCUAGUUUUACCUUUAGACCAGACCAGCAUCAUAUAAAUUGAAUGUUCUGGAGAAGGCUGUACAGAAACCCCAUCAAAUGAAAAAAGAAAUAAAAGUGUAAAGGUCACAGUGCCCCCAGCGUCUUCAGAGACUGAUGCCAGACGUGCCUGUGAUCACAUACAUGUGGCUGAAACAUUUAAUUUAAAAGAAAAAAAAUUAAACGGAUAGGGCAGGUGGCUUGAUGCACAACAUGGCUCAGUCGUUAUAGAGAUUUGUAAGAAAAUACAGAAAUACACAACCCUUAGUAGUUUUAAAAUUUAAUCUGUGGCAUUUAAAAGGUUAAUAACUGUAGGGAGGUUUUUUUUCCCUGAACAAUCUCUCAUUCAGAACUGUAACAAGGAUUAUUACUGAAGUUAACAUGGGACAAGUAAAUUUGUUUUCUUGCAUGUUUGAAGUAAAAUGUUUCCGUUGCGUAAACUUUGUUCAACAACAGGGUUGGAGUUUAUUUCCACACUCUAACGAUGGAAAUAAAAGUAGUGUGACUGCGUAAUCAAAGACAGGUUACCAUAACCUCAUCUUCACAGUCACCUUCAUCUUGGUUAUUGUUGUAAGAGGUCAGUAAGAAAAUCUACGACUUUGAGGAUGUUUACAAAUUCAGCUUUAAACAGAUAAAAUAGACCAACACUUGGCGGCAGAUUUCGCAGAAGGAUUGGAGUUUAAUUCCACGCUCUAACACAAUAAGCUAAACAAACGCCACUUAAUUACAUUAAGCCUAAGCCAAAGAUCCAGACCACGUGCCAUGAGGGACGUGUUCUGUUGUUUUAGAGGAAAUGUUCAUUAAAUAUUCUAGUCCCAGAAGGGAAGAACAAAUGACGUUGUGUGAGAACUCUUUUAAAAAUCGAUACGUGUAGUGGUAUCAUUGGCCCCAUGCACAUCAGUGAGUGUGUUAGCAUUGGCGUGUGAUAUGGACGCUGUUGUUCGAAGUCUUGAUACCUUCCAAAAGAUGUUACUGGCUCUCUUGGUAGUGUGAGGAAUGUACAUGGUUUUCUUAAGGUCCUUAGGUAUAUAACACUCGUUUGUAGAUAAAACGGUUAACAUGGAACCUGCGUCAAUGCUUCCAAGCCCCUUUAUGUGCAUGGCCGCCAUUUUCACGCAAUUCCGUUCUGUAGAGUUUCCACGAGAUUUAUUUUGCGUUUCACGAAACUUUCCUUAUCGAAUACUGUCUCAGAUUAUAAUCACCGGUAUUGAAUCAGUCGCCUACUUAUUGUAGUCACAAGGAAACCAAGUGAAUGAGAUUGAUACACUUUAUCUCGUAGAGCCACUUGCACGAGAGUUGUCUGACGGUGACAGAUUUGUAUCCAUCUACACGAUAGACUUACGUGCUGUAUCCAUAUGUAUAUUCCCUUGGGUGUAAGAAGCUUCAAGUACAAAGCGUUCAGAAUGUAGACUUGCAUAAUUUGAUUAGUGCAGCAUUUGCUCACAGAAUUGCCUUGGUGUCUCGAUCCGUAAAGUGAUAUAAUGAUCUGUAACGCCGUAUUUAACAACGGCCAUAGGAGCUUAGAUCUCAGUUGAUUAAUUUGGCGAAUUUAGCAUGCUAUUCGCAUUGCAUUUAACAGUUUAGCCGGUUACUCAAUCAUUUCUGUUAGCGAGAAGCACUUGUAAACCUACCGUUAUACAUUCUGUUCCUGUGUACGGUUUUCUAGCUGAUUUGUGUGAUAAAUAUGCUCUCUGUGUACAUCCGUCAUAAACUCGUCCCGAGUUUAUCAAGAUUAGCAUCACUAAGUUACACAGAAAGUGGUGGCACAAUUACUAGACUGAUGAAACGGCCGGUGCCGGUUUAGUAAAGCCCAUCUAAGGUUAAACUGCGCAAAUUUAUUAUUGAAGGUGGCGAUGGGUGGUUCUUAGAUGUGUAAAUGAUCGUGUAUUCAGUAAGUGUGUAGGUUGACCCAUGUCAUUGUUGUUUCAUUGAAUGACUUGUAAACCCUAGCCUGUAUUAUAGCUUUCGUGUGGUAUCAAAACUAUGUUACAUUUCGAAUCCUUACACAUCUGUUUCUGUAGCGUCAUUUACUUGUCAGCUUUCAGUGUGUUGUCUAACGCUAUGUAUAACAGGCUAAUAAAAGUCAA